AGGGUUUGAGGGUUUUUUUUUUUAUCGUAUUGAUAAUUUAGAUCGCUAGGGUUUAGGAUAUUUGCGUUAGUUUUCAUCUUUUUUUAUUUUUAGGUUUAACUGCAGAAAAUGGCUUCAUUGGAGGCGAUUUCUACUGCUAUUAAAUCCAGCGAUGAGAAAAGGGAGAAGCUUCGCAAAGCAUUCGAAGAUCUCCAAUCACACUCUUCUUCCCUUGCUUCAUUCACCCUUCAGUGGAAGGACCUGGAGGAGCAUUUUGACUCGAUCAAGAGUUCCAUCGAUGAACGCUUGAAGGAACUUGAAUUGAAAGAGUCCCAAGCCGGUGAUGGUUCGGAUUUGAAAGAAUCUCCUCCCCAUAAUGUGGACUCUAAUGGGAAGCAAUCUUUGCCGUUGGAGGAUGAUGAUACAGAUCCUGAGUUGGUUUCUCUCUGCGUCAAGAUGGAUGGGAAGGGUUUGUGGUCCUACAUAAUGGAACGUCGGAGAGAGUUGGCUCUGAUCAAGGAUGAACUUGCUACUGCUCUUAAAUCUGCAUCCGAUCCUGCAAAGCUUCUUUUAGACGCAAUGCAAGGUCUUUAUAUCAGAAAACAUAAGAAAGACAAGCUUGGUGAAUUGUCGGCUAUCAAAGCUUGUGUUUUUUUAUUAGAACAACAAACGGCGAUGUCCGCACCAAUCAAACCUCAGUCGAUGGAGAAAGCUAAGAAAUUGGCCAUUGAAUGGAAAGGGAAACUUAAUCCAAGUAGUGAUCCUCUAGAGACUUUAGCCUUUUUGCAAUUUGUUGCUACCUACGAGUUGGUCCCCGCUAUUCGUGAAGGUGAACUUCUCGAUCUCAUUCUAACUGUCGCUCGGCGCAGACAGGCAAUUGAUUUGUGUCGAGCCCUUGGUUUCACGGAAAAGAUGCCUGAUUUUAUUCAGAAACUUACAAGUAAGGGGAAGCAUAUUGAAGCUGUAAAAUUUAUAUUUGCAUUUGAGCUUACGGAAAAGUUCCCACCAGUACCUCUCCUUAAAGCUCACGUUAGGGAGUCCAAGAAAAUAGGGCAGGAAAUUAAGACAAGGGGAAAUUUCUCAAUUCAGUCACAGAAUGAGGCUGCAGCCAGGGAAGUUACUGCCAUGAGGGCAGUAAUUAAGCUCGUUGAAGAACACAAUCUCCAAUCCCAGUACCCUUGUGAGAAGCUAGAGAAUCAUAUUGAGCUGCUGGAGAAGCUGAAGGCGGAUAGGAAACGGUCUGCAGAGACCUCUUCCAACAAGAAGCAGUCUGGAAAUAAACGUCAUCGACCGUCGCCACCUGCUGAUUCUCCUCCUCCUGCCACCCCAAAAUCAGUUCCUGGGCCAACUUCUAGUACUGUUGCUCAAAUUCAUCAGCAGCCUCAGUUGCAGCCGUCUAGCUUGUUGGCAGAUCGAGUUGCUCCUUACUUUGGUUCAGCAGCUGGACCAUAUGGAUUGGCAGGACCACCUUCUGUAUCCCCUUACCUAAGAACAUCGUCUGAACUGUAUGGGGUUGGUGUUAACCCACUCAGCUUUGGUGGACACCUAAGCCCGCCUAGGUCGCACCUGUACUCUUCAGAGUCACACCCUUCUGGUCUUUAUGACAGGCCUUUGAGCUAUGGUGGUUAUGGUUUACCACCACCUCAGCACCGUCCUUUGUUCUACCCUUGAUAGGUUGAGGGUGAGUGGUGUCAUGGUGGUAAGCAGGCUUUGAAAACAUCUCAUAUAAACUCCUAAUGUCAUUGUACAAAAGAUAGGGUCUAAGCAAGUUCUUAUUUUGUUUAUCAAGAUAUUUGUUUUGGUGGGUU